AUGACCACCAUCGAGGAGCACGCCGUGCAGCAGGUACAUGUGGCCACGUACACAGAUCACAGCAUGCUGAGCGCCGACGAGGACUCGCCCUCAUCCCCUGACGACGACGCCUAUGAUGACUCAGACAUCCUUCACUCGGCCGGCAAUGACGAGAUGACCGCGCACCUGGCAGCCGCAGGCCCAGUAGGCAUGGCUGCAGCUGCUGCCGUAGCAACAGGCAAGAAACGCAAGAGGCCCCACAUCUUCGAGUCCAACCCGUCCAUCCGCAAGAGACAGCAGACACGCCUGCUGAGAGCCACCCUGGAUGAGUACACCACCAGAGUUGGCCAACAGGCCAUAGUUCUGUGCAUCUCUCCCUCCAAGCCCAACGCUUUGUUCAAGGUGUUUGGUGCUGCGCCGCUGGAGAAUGUGGUGAGGAAGUACAAGGGCAUGAUCCUGGAGGACCUGGAGAAUGCCCUGGCCGAGCACGCCCCCCCCGGGGGGGAACUAACCUCCGAGCUGCCCCCCCUCACCAUUGACGGCAUCCCCGUCUCUGUGGACAAGAUGACACAGGCCCAGCUGCGAGCGUUCAUCCCAGAGAUGCUGAAGUAUUCGACGGGCAGGGGCAAGCCUGGCUGGGGCAAGGAGAGCUGCAAGCCCAUCUGGUGGCCAGAGGACAUCCCCUGGGCCAACGUGCGCAGCGACGUGCGCACUGAGGAACAGAAACAGAGGGUGUCGUGGACGCAGGCGCUGCGGACCAUCGUGAAGAACUGCUACAAGCAGCAUGGGCGCGAGGACCUGCUGUACGCCUUUGAGGACCAGGUGCCACAGCACACGGCCAUGACCACGGCCACCCACAGCAUCACCCACCUGGUGCCCUCACAGACCGUGGUGCAGACCAUCAGCAACCCCGACGGCACCGUCUCCCUCAUACAGGUGGGCACAGGGCAGACGGUGGCCACUCUGGCCGAUGCCUCGGAGCUGCCAGGCACAGUGACCGUGGCCCAGGUCAACUACACUGUGAACGACGGAGAGGUUGAGCAGAACUGGGCGACUCUACAGGGUGGGGAGAUGACCAUACAGACCACACAGGCGUCCGAGGCCAAUCAGGCGGUCGCGUCCCUCGCCGAGGCCGCUGUCGCCGCCUCCCAGGAGAUGCAGCAGGGAGCCACCGUCACCAUGGCACUUAACGGUGAGGCUGCGGCCCAUGCAGUGGCGACGCUGGCUGAGGCCACCCUACAGGGAGGAGGUCAAAUCGUUCUGGCCGGGGAAACGGCGGCUGCUGUAGGAGCACUGACUGGAGUGCAAGAUGGCAGCGGUACGUACCACACAACCUCUCAACAACUAUUGUCAGGCCUGGUGCAGAUCCCAGUCAGCAUGUACCAGACGGUGGUUACCAGCCUAGCCCAGGGGAACCGGCCCGUACAAGUGGCCAUGGCGCCCGUGGCCACACGCAUCGACAACACAGUCACACUGGACGGCCACGCGGUGGAGGUAGUGACUCUGGAGCAGUGACACUGAAUCCUCCCUUGGCAGGUGUGUUCCGCUGGAACAAAGUCCCAAAAUGGCCGCCGCCGGGAGCUGAGGGAGGGAUAGUCCGUUUUCACCAUAGAGAGAGAUAGAGGGCUCAUCUUUGUAUCUGUGCCAUUAUAGUGUCUGUGACAGCAUGGGCAUCACCAUUGAGGCCAUCUCCAUUUUGAAGUAGUCAAUUUUCCGCUUCACGAUUGACUGAUCCCUCCUGAUAACCCGGUUGGACAUGACUCCGUCAGCGUCACCAGGAAGGAUCAGCCAAUGAAGUUGGAAGUCCCCCCCCCAGUUGACUACAUUAAAAUGGUGGAAGCCCUAAAUGGCGCUGCCCAUGCUGAUACAGCCUUUUGGCCAGUAGAGGCCUCUAUCAUUCUCUAUGGUUUCCACAUGCUGCGCUCUGUACAAUGUAAAAAAUAUAUUUUUAUGUACAUCUGCAGGGGAAUAAAAGUGACGGAUUUAUCAAUGCAUUGUUUACUAUAUGUGUGUGUAUAUAGUAGAAGAUAUGUUUUUUGUUUGAAUGUCCUUUUUAGCUUUGAUGUUGAGCAUUGUGUGACAUGGGUUAGAGUAUUUAGUAUUUAUUUCUGCACACCUUAACAUUUACUUAAAGAAUAACCAAAAAGCCAAGGGGGACGCCACCACCACCAAUUCACCUUUCAUUCUGAACCUAUAUCACAGUCCCAUUAAUGACGUUUUGGUACUAUGUCUAUGUGAGUGUUAUUCCAUGUUUGUUAUAGAAUGCGGUUACUAAAUCACAAUCACUCUCUGCUCUGUUGUCAUGGACUUCAUAUGCAAUCAGGUUGUGCCGAAACCCAGGAACCUUUCCACUAAUUCCACCCCCUGCUAUAUUAGUCAAUGUUCCUCUUGUACCCUGGAUGUCUAUGAAGCAUCCCAAUUAUCAACUGUAAGACACUUCACUGCCUAGAAUGAUUCCAAUGAAACAUUAUUUCUGAAAUAUGUUACCUGUUGUUGUGUGGUUUAUUGUACUGUAGUCCACUCCACACACAUGCUGGGAUUUGUGAAGACUCAGGAUUUAUCAGUAAGGUAUUUUUUGUGCUGGAUAUUUGACGACCUGGCUAGGCAGCCAUUUUGACUCCAGAGAAUAUCACAAUUGGUGUCUCCAAUGCAUGAGUAGCUGUCCCUUUUUGAGUAUUUAAAAACAAAACAACCAAGACGCUCCUUUUGAUGUCAGUGGUAGGAACUUAUUCUAAAUCAUUUUAUACAUUGAGGGAGGCCGUACUGUGUACUACAGAGCAUUCAAUGACUUUUGUAUUUGUACAGAAUACGUGUGCAUUCUUUGGAUUGAUAUGACGGUAUGAAUAAAUUCAGCUCACUACAGAGAAUCCUUCGUAGAAUGAAUGAUUUAGGAAAUACAUUAGGUGACUGAAUUACACCAAGCAUGCAGUCCAUGUGAUCGCCCAAUAAAGUGACUACUGUUCACCGGU